AACUUCAAACCAGUGAUGGCCAUUUUGGUAAACUGAAUGAUAAAUUUUUCUAAAUUCAAUCUCUUAACCAAUCCUAAAAAAAAAUCCAAAAACUAGUAAUCUAUGACAAUUUACAAUAACAAAAAAGUUCAUAACUCUAAAUAAAUUUUUAAAUCGAAAAUCUGCACAAUGCCUAUACUAAAGAUCAAAGCUCGUCAAAUAUUUGAUUCCCGAGGAGAUCCCACCCUCGAAGUCGACAUGAUAACAGAUAUUGGAUUAUUGAGAUCAUCAGUUCCUUGCACACUUGCCCCAAAUCCGAACGAAGCUGUAGACCUCAGAGAUGGAAUCGAAACAUCAUAUAAUGGCCGAUCAGUUUUCAAAGCAGUGGACAACAUAAAUAAUAUCCUGGCACCUGCGAUAUUAAAAUCGAAAUUGGAUGUUUGUCAACAGGGACAGAUAGAUGCGCUGAUGAUCAAACUCGACGGGACGGAAAAUAAAUCCAAAUUAGGUGCAAAUGCCAUCCUUGGAAUCUCGAUUGCUUGCUGCAAAGCUGGAGCUGCUAAAAAGGGACUUCCACUUUAUAAAUACAUUGCUCAAUUAGCUGAAAAUGGACGAUUGUAUAUUCCUGUUCCAGUAUUCACUGUCAUCAGUGGUGGAAAAGCUGCUAAUAAUGGGUUGCCCUUUGAAGCCUACAUGAUUAUGCCAAUAGGCGCUGUGAGCUUUGCAGAUGCGAUGAAAAUGGGAUCAGAGAUUUAUCGUGAGAUUGAAAGAAAAAUUUCGGAAAAACAAGAAAAGAAAUUACCACUUCUUUCCAAUGGUGAAGGUGCCUUUGCUCCAGCUAUGGAAAAUGAGGAAGUCCUGACUUUGAUGGAUGAAGCAAUAAAGACAAUCGGUUAUGAUGGGAAGGUCAAACUUGCCCUCGACAUUGGUGCCUCUGCAUUCAACAAAGAUGGGAUGUACGAUUUAGCUUUAAAAUCUGACGACACUGAGCCAGAGGACUACUUAGAAACAGAAGCCCUAAAGGAGCGGCAUCUGGAACUCCUGACAGUAUUUCCGAAUAUAGUAUCUAUCGAAGAUCCCUUUGAUCAGGAGGAUUGGGAUGGUUGGCCUCUGCUUGCUGAUCAACCUAUUCAGAUCGUAGCAGAUGAAUUAACUGCCAUGAAUGUGGAAAGGAUUGAGGAAGCAGUUGAGAAACAAGCAGCCAAUUGUCUGCUAAUAAGACUCAUACAAAUUGGAACAAUAACAGAAGCUAUUAAUUGUUGUAAAAUGGCGAGGCUCAACGGGUGGGGCACCAUGGUCUCUGCAGGUUUUGGAGAAACUGAGGAUGCCUUUAUAGCUGAUUUUUCUGUUGGUGUUUCUUGCGGUCAAAUCAAGGUUGGGGGACCUUGCAGAUCUGAGAGGACAGCAAAAUACAAUCAGAUACUUCGAAUUGAGGAAGAAUUGGGAAAAUAUGCAAAAUAUGCUGGGAAUAAUUUUAGAAAUCCUUUUUCGAAUUAAUUGAAGUUUUGAAGAAAGAACAGUGAACUCUGGCUUACCAUCUCCUGUGCAGUAGAAUCCACGGAAUCUAUCGAAAUAAGUACUUUUAAAUCGCUCGUGGUUUCCAUAAAGUGUCCUCAUCAUUCCAGGCCAAGGUCUUCGGAAUACUAGGUAACCUUCACCCUCGCCUUCAAUUAUGUGGCCAUCCUCAUCCAGCAAUUCUGCUUGAACUCCGAAGAAAGGGAAUGUCUGAAAUUUCGAGAAUUGAGGGAUAAGAAGACUUAACAAGAAUACAAGUUGAAAUUAAUUGAACUUACGGCUGAUCCUGGUUUCAUUGGAGUCGCUCCUGGAAGAGGAGUUAUCACAUGACCUCCAGUUUCCGUUUGCCAAAAAGUGUCUGCUAUACUGCAUUUUCCAUGACCAACUAAGUUAUAAAACCACAGCCAGGCUUCUGAAUUUAUUGGCUCUCCGACUGAUCCAAGAACCUGGAAGACAAUAUAGGAGCUGAGAUUGUGUUUUUUUACGAAAUCAUCUCCAAACUUCAUCAGAGACCUGAUAGCAGUUGGAGCUGUAUAGAAUUGUGUGACUUUAUACUUGUCAACUACUGACCAAUACCUAUCGUUUGUUGGAUAGAAGGGUGUGCCUUCAAACUGGAGAAAAAUCAUUGUUAGACUCAAAUAUGUCUACAUUAUUGUUUUCUAUCAAAUUAUUAUACUAACUAAAACUGAAGUUGCUCCAUUGGCCAGGGGUCCAUAAACGACAUAAGUGUGUCCUGUGAUCCAACCUAUAUCCGCUGUACACCAAUACACAUCACCCGGAUGAUAAUCAAAGACAUACUUGAAAGUAGUUGCUGCAUAAAUGAAAUAUCCCGCUGUCGUGUGAAGAACUCCUUUAGGCUUUCCGGUAGAGCCGCUAAAACAGUUGCAUUGAAACGUCAUUAUUAAUUAAGCCAUCUUAUCAAUUAAUUAAUUAAAAUUUCAUGUUUAACUAUUACUUUAGAAAAAUAAUUGUUUGAAGAACAAGAAAAAAAAUCUGUCUCAACCCGAAUUUGAACCGGAAAAACCACUAUGCAAAAGUGAAGCGUUAACCAGUUAUGACACCGAGGCGUUAAUUUUUGUUAAAGAUUAGGAUAGUUUAAAAUACGUGUAUUUGCAGCCACU